GUUUGAGAGAACCCUCCUCCUCCCCCCACACCCCCCGGAGGGGAAGAGGAAAGGAGAGCCGUGGCGGGCGGCGGAGGAUGAUAACUUAGGGCCGUGCCUGGCGGUGGGAGCUGCCCGGGCGAGGGCGGCGGGGAGGGCGGCAGCGAUGUCCCGGGGCACGGCUGGGGGAGAGGGAUCGCGCCAGGUGCUGCCGGAGGGGAAGGAGAGGCAGAGGAAGAGGAGGCGGAGGAAGAAGAAGGAGAGUAAGACGCGGCUGGUGCGCUCCAGCUUGCUGUUACCUGAGGCCGAGGCGGAGAAGUCCAAGAGGACGGUCCUGGCCAGCAACCGCCUCAAGACCACCAAGUACACGGCCCUCUCCUUCCUGCCCAAGAACCUCUUCGAGCAGUUCCACCGGCUGGCCAACGUCUACUUUGUGUUCAUCGCCCUCCUCAACUUUGUGCCGGCCGUCAACGCCUUCCAGCCGGAGCUGGCCUUGGCCCCCGUGCUCUUCAUCUUGGCGGUCACCGCCAUCAAGGACCUAUGGGAGGAUUACAGCCGCUACCGCUCCGACAAGGAGAUCAACCACAUGGAGUGCCUGGUGUACGGCAGAAAUGAGAAGAAAUAUAUAAGCAGAUACUGGAAAGAAGUGAAAGUCGGAGACUUCGUGCAGCUUCGCUGUAAUGAAAUUAUACCUGCUGACAUACUGCUGCUCUCCUCAAGUGAUCCCGAUGGGCUGUGCCAUAUAGAAACAGCUAACCUGGAUGGUGAAACUAACUUAAAACAAAGACAGGUGGUGAGGAGGUUCUUAGAGCUGGACUCAGAAUUUGAUCCCUUGAAGUUCACCAGUGUCAUUGAAUGUGAGAAGCCAAACAAUGACCUAAGUAGGUUUCGAGGUUACAUUGUACAUAAAAAUGGAAAAAAGGAUGGACUGUUCAAAGAAAAUCUUUUGUUACGUGGAUGUACCAUUAGAAAUACAGAAGAGGUUGCAGGAAUAGUAAUCUAUGCAGGGCAUGAGACCAAAGCUUUGUUAAAUAAUAAUGGACCCCGUUACAAACGCAGUAAGCUUGAAAGACAGAUGAAUGCUGAUGUCCUUUGGUGUGUCCUCAUACUUCUAAUCAUGUGUCUGUUUUCUGCCAUAGGUCAUGGACUAUGGGUAUGGCAAUACGGUGAGAAGAAGAAACCAAUUUUUGAUGUUCCAGGGCCUGAUGGCAAAUAUUUGUCUCCUGUUUUAGCUUCAGUAUAUUUAUUUCUGACAGUGAUCAUAGUUUUCCAGGUUAUGAUUCCAAUUUCUUUGUAUGUAUCCAUUGAAAUAGUUAAAAUUUGCCAAGUAUACUUUAUUCAUCAAGAUAAAGAUUUAUACGAUGAAGAAACAGACUCUCAGCUGCAGUGCCGAGCUUUAAAUAUCACAGAAGACUUAGGUCAGGUGCAGUUUAUCUUUUCAGACAAGACUGGGACACUUACUGAAAACAAGAUGGUUUUCCGAAGAUGCACUGUUUCUGGAAUAGAGUAUUCCCAUGAUGAUAACGCCAAACGCUUAGCCAUGUACCAAGAACCUGAUUCUGAGGAAGACGAGGCAGCCCCAAAAGGAGGAACUCUGUCCCAACGUGACAGUAUCUGCAGCCAUCAGAGCAUCAAAGUAAUCCAUAGAAGCCAGAGCACCAAAACUCACCGGCGCACGGGUAGCAGAGCUGAAGCAAAAAGAGCAAGCAUACUCUCGAAGCACACUGCAUUCAGUAGCCCAAUGGAGAAAGACAUCACACCUGACCCACGCUUGUUAGAAAAAGUGAAUGAAUGUGCAAAGCAUCUGGAGGUCAUGAGGAGCCACGAGCAGCCAUUAUCCCAUCUGAGUCCAGAACUAUGUGACAUUUUUGACUUCUUCAUUGCUUUGACUAUAUGUAAUACAGUUGUGGUUACUGCACCAAAUCAGCCCCGACAGAAGGUUAGAGAUCGAUUUGAACUAAAAUCUCCAGUAAAAACCAUAGAAGACUUCAUACGAAGAUUCACUCCAAGUCGCUUGACCUCUGGGUCUAACAGCAGCAGUUCAUCUAGUCUAGCUACAAGCAAAUCAAUGCACAGAUUUGGUUUAAGUGUGCUUUCGUCUACAUCUACGGAUAGCACUUUAUUAAAACUGGAAGAGAAGCUGGCGUACUCUGCACAGAUCAAUAACAAUGGCUACGGCUCCCAGCAAGGCAGGACAGCUGUGGGGAGUGGACCUGAGGAAGGAGAACUCCGUUAUGAAGCAGAGAGUCCAGAUGAAGCUGCUCUUGUCUAUGCAGCAAGGGCAUAUAACUGUUCCCUGGUUGGAAGGCUGUCUGACCAGGUAUCAGUGGAGCUACCUCACCUGGGGACAUUAAGCUUUGAAGUAUUACAUACCUUGGGCUUUGAUUCCGUCAGGAAGAGGAUGUCAGUAGUCGUCAGACAUCCUCUCACAGAUGAAAUAAAUGUUUACACUAAAGGAGCAGAUUCAGUUAUUAUGGAUCUUCUUCUACCCUGCUCUUCAGACGACCCUCGGGGCAAACAUCAAAAAAAAAUCCAAAGCAAAACCCAGAAUUACCUUAAUCUGUAUGCUGUAGAUGGGCUGCGGACCCUCUGUAUUGCAAAAAGAGUUCUCAGCAAGGAAGAGUAUGCCUGUUGGUUAAAAAGUCAUUUAGAAGCAGAAUCCUCUAUUGAAAAUCGUGAAGAACUUCUGUUUCAGUCAGCACUGCGGAUAGAGAAGAAUCUGCAUCUGCUAGGUGCAACUGGCAUUGAAGAUCGUUUACAGGAUGGUGUUCCAGAAACCAUUGCAAACUUGCGCAAAGCUGGGUUGCAGAUUUGGGUUCUUACUGGAGACAAGCAAGAAACAGCUGUUAACAUUGCAUAUGCCUGCAAGCUACUAGAUCACGAUGAAGAAAUCAUCACUUUGAAUGCUGAAUCACCAGAGACAUGUGCUGUCUUGCUGGAACAGUGUCUGCAAUGCGUAGAGUCUAAAUUUUCAAACAACACAAUAGACGAAGCUACUGGAAACAUGACUGUUGGGUUCACCCCUCUCUCUCCACCCUCUUCCUCUGUGCUUUCCAGCUUGGGCCUAGUGAUUGAUGGAAGGACUCUAGCUUAUGCCCUGGAACCUACACUAGAAGAUAAAUUUCUUGCACUAGCCAAGCGAUGCCGUUCAGUACUGUGUUGUCGCUCUACUCCACUCCAAAAGAGCAUGGUAGUGAAACUAGUCAGAGACAAACUCAAAGCGAUGACCUUGGCAAUAGGUGAUGGUGCUAAUGAUGUCAGUAUGAUCCAAGUGGCAGAUGUUGGCGUGGGGAUCUCUGGUCAAGAAGGCAUGCAGGCGGUGAUGGCAAGCGACUUCGCAAUCCCAAGGUUCCGGCAUUUGGAGAAGCUCUUGCUUGUUCAUGGCCACUGGUGUUAUUCCCGACUCGCCAACAUGGUGCUGUAUUUCUUCUACAAAAAUGCGAUGUUUGUGGCCCUUCUCUUCUGGUACCAGUUCUACUGUGGGUUCUCUGGCUCAUCAAUGAUUGAUCAGUGGUAUCUCAUCUUCUUUAAUUUGCUCUUCUCUUCUCUUCCGCAACUGAUUACUGGUGUGCUGGAUAAGGAUGUGCCAGCUGAAGUGUUAAUUGCUGUACCCCAGCUUUAUAAAAGUGGCCAGAAUAUGGAGGAGUACCAACCACACAUGUUUUGGAUGAACAUGAUUGAUGCUAUGUAUCAAAGCCUGGUUUGCUUCUUCAUCCCCUAUUUCACUUACUAUGAUUCGGAGGUGGAUAUCUUCUCCUGGGGAACUCCCAUCACCACAAUAGCUCUUUUCACCAUCAUACUACAUCUGGCUAUUGAAACCAAAACUUGGACUUUUCUUCACUGGUCAUCUUGCAUCUUCAGUAUCCUUUUAUUUUUCUUUGUGGCUCUGGUUUACAAUGCUUCCUGCCCAGCGUGCCAUCCUCCAUCCAAUCCCUACUGGACUAUGGAAAGGCUGAUGGGAGACCCUAUGUUCUAUUUCACUUGCAUUAUAUCACCAGUUGUUGCAUUGCUGCCCAGAUUUCUGUACAGAACCCUCCAGGGAACACUAUUCCCAACCCAGCUUCAGCUUGGACGCCAGUUGAGUAAACUGUCCCCAGAGAUUCGCACCCAGCUUCUGACCAAGUUGAAUGUAAAGGAAACAAUACGUCAGGCGCAACCCUUUGCAGACAGCUUCUCACCAAGCCUUGCCUCAAAUGCUAGUGAUUGUUACACGGCUUAUAACCAAAGCACACCUUUGCCAACAUCUCCUCAAAGAAGUGAGUCGCUUUUCCACACAAAGGCAGAACAUACAACAGAUCGGACUGUGGAUGCCUCUCCACAGGGUGCUGUGUUGUAUGGGGAAAACAAAUUCCCCUCACCAGCAAGUACUCUGGAAACGUCCAUGGGAUUUCAUGAAGUUAGACACGGCACUUCAGAGAUGGAGUCGUUGCCCGUGGGAGCAACAUUCCCAUGGAGCUCAGCGGUCGACCAAGCAGACUUCAGUUUGUUGAAGUGGAUCACAUCAACUCCUCUGUUCAGUCGCAUCGGGUCUGUUUUACAGGUGUCAUCGAGCAGUUUACAAAAUGAAACGCAGGACAGUAUGUGUGUGCUUGGCUCUUCUUUGCAUGUGGACUUCAAAGGCUUAAAAGAACAGAGCUCAAAUAACUUGCAGGACAAAAUGAAAGGGACCCCAGCUGAUCAUUGUAAAAGUGACAAUUCCGAGACCACCUUUUUAUGACAUGGGCCUUAAAUAUAUUUAUAUAUAUUUUCUAUUUGCACACAUUUAUAGUGAGAUUACUCUAUUUGUUUCCAAAGAUGAAACAGAAAAUCAAAGGUACAGAGUGAUUAUUUAAGAAUGUUUAAAUACAGUAUAUUGAAAUAAGAGCUUUAAAUAUAAAAAGAAACACUUGAAAAUUCCAUUUAUAUUGUUUUAUUUUUUCAUCUCAUUUUGUAAGGAAAUGCCGUCUUUAUUUUUCAGAUGCUUCUCUUUUAUUCUGACACAUACUGUAAAAGCAAAGGACCUAUCUACCAUAUUCAAAAGGAUUAGAUUCAGCAACAAUUAUUGAUAUCAUUAUAGGCCAUACAGUAAUCAAGGAGGAAAAACCAUGACAAUAAAUAGGCACUGUAUUCCAUCCAUCACCUGCUUGCCAGGGUGUUUUGUCACUGGAGCAAACCAUUAGGCAAGACUACCGAAUUAUUAUACACCUCUCUAUAAAUGUUAACAGUAUCUUACCACCGCAUUAAUAAUACUGGUAUUUUAUAAGCGACACCAUAUUUUGAUAUUGCAGCCAUAGCAUUUUACGUGUCAUGAUGAAACAAUAAAUAAAUGACCAUCCAUAUUGCAAAGUGACUUCCCAGUCUGCCAUUAAUAGUGAUUCAGCCCUUCACCUGGAGUAGCGAGCAUUUGGCCGCUCGUGGCCUUAUCUCAGGCUGUUCAACUUCUGAAGGAAAGCUGCUGCUCGUUCCUGAGGAAUGAGUUGGUGGCGCAUUGUGUCCGCUGUAGA